GCGAGCUACGGUGGCCGAAAAAAUGCUGGGGAUGUGUUAGCAACCAGUCAAAAAUUAGUCCCGGGGGGGUGCGGUGAGCGUCGUAUUUCUAAUCUAGCUCCGCGAGUCUCGAGGAAGGGAGCCCCGGCAGCCGUCACCAUGGUGAAGGAGCAGUUUCGGGAGACGGAUGUGGCCAAGAAAAUAAGCCACAUCUGUUUUGGAAUGAAGUCAGCUGAGGAGAUGCGCCAGCAGGCUCACAUCCAGGUUGUGAGCAAGAACCUGUACAGCCAGGACAACAACCAUGCCCCGCUGCUGUACGGGGUGCUGGACCACAGGAUGGGUACGAGUGAGAAGGACCGUCCUUGUGAAACCUGUGGGAAGAACUUGGCUGACUGUCUGGGCCACUACGGGUACAUUGACUUGGAAUUGCCAUGUUUUCAUGUGGGGUACUUCCGAGCAGUCAUAGGCAUCUUACAGAUGAUCUGUAAAACCUGCUGCCACAUCAUGCUGUCCCAGGAGGAGAAAAAGCAGUUUCUGGAUUAUCUAAAGAGGCCCGGCCUGACUUACCUCCAGAAGCGAGGGCUGAAGAAGAAAAUCUCUGAUAAAUGCCGGAAGAAGAACACGUGCCAUCACUGUGGCGCCUUUAAUGGUACUGUAAAGAAAUGUGGGUUACUGAAGAUAAUCCAUGAGAAAUACAAGACCAACAAGAAAGUGGUGGAUCCUAUCGUGUCAAAUUUCCUUCAGUCCUUCGAAACCGCCAUCGAGCAUAACAAAGAAGUAGAGCCUCUGCUGGGGAGGGCACAGGAAAACUUGAAUCCCUUAGUAGUUCUGAAUUUAUUUAAACGAAUCCCAGCUGAAGAUGUCCCUCUACUUCUGAUGAAUCCAGAAGCUGGAAAGCCCUCCGAUUUGAUUCUCACACGACUUUUAGUGCCCCCUCUGUGUAUUAGACCCUCUGUCGUGAGCGAUUUGAAGUCUGGCACCAAUGAAGAUGAUCUGACGAUGAAACUGACAGAAAUCAUUUUCCUAAAUGAUGUCAUUAAAAAGCAUCGGAUAUCAGGAGCUAAGACCCAGAUGAUCAUGGAAGACUGGGAUUUCCUGCAGCUGCAGUGCGCCCUCUACAUUAACAGCGAGCUCUCAGGCAUUCCCCUCAACAUGGCGCCCAAGAAAUGGACCAGAGGGUUUGUCCAGCGCCUGAAGGGAAAACAGGGUCGAUUUAGAGGCAAUCUCUCAGGAAAGAGAGUGGAUUUUUCCGGCAGAACAGUCAUCUCACCUGACCCCAACCUCCGAAUUGAUGAGGUAGCUGUGCCAGUUCACGUGGCCAAAAUUCUAACUUUUCCUGAGAAGGUGAACAAGGCAAACAUCAACUUUUUGAGGAAGCUGGUUCGAAAUGGCCCUGAAGUUCACCCAGGAGCCAAUUUCAUUCAGCAGAGACACACGCAGAUGAAAAGGUUUUUGAAAUACGGGAACAGAGAGAAGAUGGCUCAGGAGCUCAAGUAUGGGGACAUUGUGGAGAGACACCUCAUAGAUGGAGACGUGGUUCUGUUCAAUCGGCAGCCUUCGCUGCACAAAUUGAGCAUUAUGGCACAUCUGGCCAGGGUCAAACCCCACCGCACCUUCAGAUUUAAUGAGUGUGUCUGUACACCCUACAACGCGGAUUUUGAUGGUGAUGAAAUGAACCUUCAUCUUCCUCAAACAGAAGAAGCUAAAGCAGAAGCCCUUGUUCUCAUGGGGACUAAAGCAAAUCUUGUAACCCCAAGGAAUGGAGAACCACUAAUUGCUGCUAUUCAGGAUUUUCUGACAGGUGCCUAUCUCCUCACUCUUAAGGACACUUUCUUUGACCGAGCCAAGGCUUGCCAGAUCAUUGCUUCAAUAUUGGUGGGCAAGGAUGAGAAAAUUAAAGUUCGCCUCCCACCCCCUACAAUAUUAAAGCCUGUCACCCUGUGGACGGGAAAGCAGAUCUUCAGCGUCAUCCUCAGACCCAGUGAUGACAAUCCAGUGAGGGCCAACCUCCGAACCAAGGGCAAGCAGUACUGUGGCAAAGGAGAAGACCUCUGUGUCAAUGACUCCUACGUCACUAUCCAGAACAGCGAGCUGAUGACUGGCAGCAUGGACAAAGGAACGCUGGGAUCAGGAUCCAAGAACAAUAUUUUUUACAUUUUGCUGCGAGACUGGGGGCAGAACGAAGCUGCCGAUGCGAUGUCACGGCUCGCCAGGCUGGCCCCCGUCUACCUGUCUAACCGUGGAUUCUCAAUUGGGAUUGGUGACGUCACACCUGGCCAAGGACUGCUGAAGGCCAAGUAUGAGUUGCUGAAUGCUGGCUACAAAAAAUGUGAUGAGUACAUUGAAGCCCUGAACACAGGCAAGCUGCAGCAGCAGCCUGGCUGCACUGCUGAGGAGACCCUGGAGGCUUUGAUCCUGAAGGAGCUGUCCGUGAUCCGCGACCAUGCGGGCAGCGCCUGCCUCCGGGAGCUGGAUAAGAGCAACAGCCCCCUCACCAUGGCUCUGUGUGGCUCUAAAGGUUCCUUCAUUAACAUAUCACAGAUGAUUGCCUGUGUCGGACAGCAAGCCAUCAGUGGCUCUCGAGUGCCAGAUGGCUUUGAAAACAGGUCCUUGCCUCACUUUGAAAAACACUCAAAGCUCCCAGCUGCCAAAGGCUUUGUGGCUAACAGCUUUUAUUCAGGUUUGACACCAACCGAGUUUUUCUUCCACACGAUGGCUGGCCGGGAAGGUCUGGUUGACACAGCUGUGAAGACAGCUGAAACAGGAUACAUGCAGAGGAGGCUCGUAAAGUCCCUUGAAGAUCUUUGCUCACAGUAUGAUUUGACAGUCCGAAGCUCUACAGGCGAUAUCAUCCAGUUCAUUUACGGGGGAGAUGGCUUAGAUCCUGCAGCCAUGGAGGGAAAAGAUGAACCCUUGGAGUUUAAAAGAGUUCUGGACAACAUCAAAGCCGUCUUCCCGUGCCAGAGCGAGCCUGCUCUCAGUAAGAAUGAGCUGCUCCUGACCGCUGAGUCCAUCACGAAGAAGAAUGAGUUUCUCUGCUGCCAGGACAGCUUCCUGCAGGAGAUAAAAAAAUUUAUUAAGGAGGUUUCUGAGAAGAUCAAGAAAACCCGAGAUAAAUAUGGCAUCAACGAUAACGGCACAACAGAGCCCCGGGUGCUGUACCAGUUGGACCGGAUCACCCCCACCCAAAUAGAAAAGUUUCUGGAGACGUGUAGGGACAAGUACAUGAGGGCACAGAUGGAGCCAGGUUCUGCGGUGGGCGCACUCUGUGCCCAGAGCAUUGGUGAGCCGGGCACCCAGAUGACCCUGAAGACUUUCCACUUCGCGGGCGUGGCCUCCAUGAACAUCACCCUGGGUGUGCCCCGCAUCAAAGAGAUCAUCAACGCUUCCAAAGCCAUCAGCACUCCAAUCAUCACAGCACAGCUGGACAAGGACGACGAUGCAGAUUACGCUCGCCUCGUGAAAGGGAGAAUUGAGAAGACCCUCUUGGGAGAGAUUUCAGAGUAUAUUGAAGAAGUGUUUCUUCCUGACGAUUGCUUUAUUCUCGUCAAGCUCUCCCUGGAACGGAUCAGACUUCUGAGGCUGGAAGUGAACGCUGAGACGGUGAGGUAUUCCAUCUGCAUGUCCAAGCUCCGCGUGAAGCCUGGCGACGUGGCCGUGCAUGGUGAGGCUGUGGUGUGUGUCACCCCCCGAGAGAACAGCAAGAGCUCCAUGUACUACGUGCUGCAGUUUCUGAAAGAGGAUCUCCCCAAGGUGGUGGUGCAGGGCAUCCCGGAGGUGUCCCGAGCUGUCAUCCACAUCGACGAGCAGAGCGGAAAGGAGAAGUACAAGCUCCUGGUGGAGGGUGAUAACCUGCGGGCAGUCAUGGCCACCCACGGUGUGAAGGGCACCCGAACUACCUCUAACAACACAUAUGAGGUGGAGAAAACCCUGGGCAUCGAAGCUGCCCGGACGACUAUCAUCAACGAAAUCCAGUACACGAUGGUCAACCACGGCAUGAGCAUCGACCGGCGGCACGUGAUGCUGCUCUCCGACCUCAUGACCUACAAGGGUGAAGUCCUGGGCAUUACUAGGUUUGGCCUGGCCAAGAUGAAGGAGAGCGUGCUGAUGCUGGCCUCCUUUGAGAAGACAGCCGACCACCUCUUUGACGCCGCCUACUUCGGGCAGAAGGACUCCGUGUGUGGGGUGUCUGAAUGCAUCAUCAUGGGGAUCCCCAUGAACAUUGGAACCGGGCUCUUCAAGCUGCUCCACAAGGCUGACAGGGACCCAAGCCCUCCCAGGAGGCCCCUGAUCUUCGACACAAGCGAAUUCCACAUCCCCCUUGUCACAUAGUCCAGGGAAGAGGGGACCGUUCCUGACCUCGGCUCCUUGUCGUCUGGAAAGGGGCUGGAGGCCAGCAGCUGACUCGUGAGCUUUGUGCUCCCCAGGACCGAGGCCCUGCCAUCCCCACCAUGCUGGCAGUCAGAGAAGGCCCCCGGCAUCCUAGGAGCAACUCACCCAGUGACCCAGACCACAGCACAGUGCUUGCUGGGGAGAACCGGGAUUUGUCUGUUUGUUUGCAACCUAAUUAAUCUAGGGACAGCUCAGCACCUCCUGCCCACUCCACCUCCCUGGACUUGCAAGGAGCCCCCAGCCCAGCAUCUUUGCUCGUUCCCACCUCACCUGUCCCUGCAUCCACUCAGAGAGGUGUCCCACCCUGAUCGGGAGCCAGGUCUAAGCCGCAGGGCCAGGGCACAUUCUCAGUUCUUCCGUUCCGCAGUCAUGCUGCAAUCUCCAGGUGUGACAUACUAAUGUAAAUAUUGUUACUAUUAUUUAUUUGUCCACUUUGAAGAAUUUGGAGUUUUUAUUGUUAUUUUGGUUUUCCUUUUGAAACCA